CAGAAGCAGUUGCAUGAAAUCAGAAAGACAAUCUUAAACUCAGUUUAGUCGUCGCACCAUUGCAGGAACGUUUUGGGAGACAGAGGCAGAGUCCGGUCGGUUUCCGAUCAAUUACUCAGCAUCCCCGCACAGCACAGCACAGCACAGCAAAGCAGAGAACGGGACGACACGAGACACGAGAAGACAGAGGCGAUGCGGACCCACGCAAGAAGGAAAUCCCCCCGCGGCCUCGCCCGGAUCCUGGCGCUCGCGCUGGCGGUGGCGCUCUCGUACAGGAUCCCCGGCUGCGACGGGUGGUCCCCCGGAGUGCCCGGGACGCCCGAUCCCCCGUCGGCGGCGUCAAAACAAAAACCGAAAGAGAGGAAGAGGGUGACCCUUUCGAGCAGGGAAUACGCCGAGGCCAUGUCGGCCAUCGACCGUUCCUCCGGGUCGGGGACCCCGGUCGAGGGUCUCUACGAGGCGGUCCGCCUCAUCGACAAGAACGCGAGGCACGUCUACCCGGACGAGGCCUCCAAGGAGGACCUGUGGACCAGGGCCUACGGAUCGUGGAAGCUGGUCCUGGCAACGGGGGGAGGGAGGCAAACGACCUUCAAGCCGGUGCCGGUCUUUGCCUUUGCGAUGCUGGACGAGACCACCUUUGGGAACGGCGUCGGCCUCAACGAGCACAGGGUCCUCCUCUCGCUCCGGGGCAGGCACGAGCUCCUCACCCGGCGGAGGCAGAUGGUCAUCGGCAUCGACGACGUCUUUCUGGGAUCGAAGAGGGUGACGGGGAGCCUCCCGGGCUUUGCGGGCAGGGCCCUGGGCCUCGGGAAGCGCCGGACCGACUACGAGGCGGAGAAACGCCGGCCGCCGGCCUUUGUCUUUCUCGCCGCCAGCGAGACCUCCCUCGUGGCCCGGGGCGGGUCCGGGGGGAUCGCCAUCUGGACCCGGCUGGAAGAGGACAUCCGGCCCGCCGCGUACGGGGACGACGCGCCACCGUAACCAAAAACACCCCGGGAUACCAAAGCUAUGCUGCCGUAGAUGCAUUAGUGGUAACAGUGAUACCUGCAGUUUACUAAAACACAAUUUGUUCUACUAGUACGUAUAUCCUCGCGUCUGCCCGAACGCAAACCGCGGUUCCUGUUUUAUGCAUUUUCGUUUUGUUGCAUGACUUGAUACGUUACGUUUUGUACAAGAGCACUGCACUGUUGUGAUCGUCAUUGUUUGCUGUUGCAUGCCGGAAGCAUCGCGACUCGGUUCGUUCAUCGAAUCCACAAGACAAAGUACUGUACGAAGUACCGUGCUACGAAACAUUGCCAGUGGACCAUCGCAGCGCAGCGCACCGCACCGCACACCGUUCGUUCCCCGGUGCUCGCUCGCUCGCCC